GAGAUUAUAAUUGUAAUAUGAACUGUAAUUUGAGGACUGAUUAUCCAUUAAUCCUCAAACUGAUGUUUCAUUUUAUAAGAAAAUCAAUACAAUAAGUUAUAAAUGAUUCCUAAAAUCCUACACACAGGCUAAAAGAGUCCCUAUGGGACAAUCUGUGAAAUGGUUCGAAGGAUGAUAGGAUGCAGCAUCUUACCCAAAUGUGACGAAAAUGUGAAGGGAUUGGUGGCAUGUGUUGCCAGGGUUGUGGUGGUGAGCCCUUUAUUUACAGAGGUUUGAUGCUCCUUGAGGCAGAAGCUUAGUGGUUGGCCUGUAGUUUCCAUGGGAAGUUGCUAUCUGUGGUCCUGUAUAUUUUACAGUUUGUGAUUUCCGGUCUCUACCCAUCUGUCUAUAUUGAACUGAUUUUGUGCUCUAUAUAACUUCCUCCUGAAUAGCAUGCAUAACUCUGCCGUGCACCAUCUAAGCAUCCUGGAGCUUGCUGAUCUCUUUUGUCCCACUUCUUUUAUCUUCUUUGAUAAUAGUACUAUUCUGCAAGGCAGGGAAUGCCCUCUUUCAGGCAUGUUAUAUGAACUCGUCAUUUGACAGUCUUUCCACCUUUGACUGCCAUAUUCUCCUCUGUGUGCAUUAUGUUGAUGACAUUCUUAUCUUGUAGCAACAAAAAAUCUGUAUACAUGAGUUCGUAUGUAAAAUCAACUCCAACCUGUAUGGCCUCUGUCUCUGCCUAGAACAGGACAGUGAGUGAUAAGUUCACCUCCCUAACCUCCAUCAUAUAAUAUCUAAUAUUAAAGUCUACACUGCCUGAUUUUUAUUUUGGUCCCAUUUCACAAAGAUCCAACCUUAUUUCUUCAAGGUAGCUAGCUUCACCACUUUAAUAUGGCAAACGUAUAUCCAUUGAAGGCUGUCUGCCCUUUACAAGAAAAUUGCAGAAAUAGUAACUUCUGCCCAGCUUUCAGAAUAAGUCCUCCUGUUUGUACCUUCCCCUGUAAUGCUAAGGACCAACUAGGUAUGUUGCUCUCCCUAAGUUGUAUACCAUCCUCCUUACUGAUCAUGGAUCUAACCACAAUUUGGAGUACGUGGAAGCUACAGGCCAACCACUAAGCAUCUAUCUCAAGGAGCAUCAGGCCUCUGUCUAUAAAGGGUUCACUACGACAGCCCUGGCAACAUAUGCUACCAACUCUGAUGUUGAAGUGUAUUUCAACCAAGACUGCCUUCUACAUUGCACCUUCCGCAAGGAGCAGCUUAAAUAUUUGGAGCAGUUGAGAUUUAUAGAGCUGCUAGAAAAAAUGCAGGAAUCAACUUCCUCCUAGUGUAGUAAUGACAUUUAGUUUUAUAACUCUCUUCUAUGUCACCCAGUGUAUUAAGUGGACAGCAACCAUCAAUCUUAAAAACUAUGUUUGAGUCAUGUUUUAUCAGAUUAAGGAAGAUGGCAAAAGUGACAAAGAAUUGGAUUAAGAAUAAAUAUAAUCCUAUAGAUAUUUGGCAAACUAAAAUGACAAAUUCUUCAUUUACUCUUCCCUAUGCAAAAAACAAGAAGAAAAAUUUAAAUUUUGGAAUUUCUAAGGAAUUAAAAGAAGAAUCAACUUUAAGUGAUGAUGAGUGGACAGAUAUAACAGAUUUUAGCACUGCAAUUACUGAAUCAGAGGGAUUAAUUAAUUACAGCAGAGAAUCUAUUGAAUUCCCACGUAAUGUUUGUGAGUCUUCAAAUUACGAGCUUAGUUUCAAUGAAAUUGAAUAUGAUAAAAGUGGAAAUAUAAAAUUUUCUACAAUGAAAAAUGUGAGUGUUUGUGAUGAUGAUGUAUUUCCUUCAUUUAGUAUAUCGCCUGUAGAUAAAUAUUCAUUUUUAGAUUGUUUAGGAGAAAAUUUGAUAGAUGGAUUGUCACAUCAGAAAACCAAUCUCAACAAAAAUAGCCAUGUAAUUAAGUACUUGGAAUCUUUAAACUGUUCAGAAAUUGCCAUCAAACAAAUAAAAAGUGUGGAAGAAUUGCAUAUUACAAAGAAGCAUGAUGUGAAGUGUUUUCCAUUAACCAAUGCAAAACAUCUAACUAGUACACCCUUGAAAGUUAACUCCGGUCACAGAGAACUGGAUAUAUCUGAAAUUAAAUUGGACUUAGAUGAUCAAAAUAGCAAAAUACAUCUGAGCAUCCCUGCCGUAGAAGUUACUGACAAAGAUAAAGAAAAUCUACAGAUCAAUGACGACGAAAAUACACAAUUGCAAAAAUUACACGGCAUAUCCAAAGGCGGCGCUUUGAACAGAAUGUCCAUUAGUGCCGAGCAUCUGUAUCCCGUAUGCAGCGUACUUUCUACGUUAAUGAAACAGUAUAAAAUAUCAAACAAAACAAAAGGUGAUUCAAGAAAUACAAAAUCAUUACAACAAUAUCCUGUAUGUUGUCUUGUUUCUUUGUUUCAAAAAAGUUAAAAUAUUUACUUAUAUUAGUCUAAAUGAAUAUUUGUCAGAUUAAUUUAGAAUUUUAUUGUUUUCUGUUAUUGUUGACAUAUUUAGAAUAUAUAUUUUCAUUUAUUAAAAGAAACUAAUUGAACUCCAUUUUGCUGUAUGCAACAGGAAUUUUUUUGUUAAUGGAAAAAAAUAAAAUGUGUUUUAUUAUCAAUAAAAG